UACGAUUAUGUAAUGCGUUAAUGUAAUUUAAAAAAGAAUUCAAUUGUCUCUCCGUUCCAACAAAGCAAGCAAAGACAUCAUCCACGUAUCUAUACCAACAUAGGAAACUUUUACAUAAAAAAUUAAUAAAAAUCUCGGCUAACAAAGAACUAAGUGGGUUUCCCAUAAUCAAACCUUCCUUCAGCCGGCCACUCACAUAAAUGGAAGAAUGUGCAAUUAAACGUGUGCACGCUUGUCCUAAGUUAAAAGUUUACUGUUCGUACCUUCACACACACUACGUCUUUCCCAUCAGUGGUGCAUCAAAUGUUCAUGGCUAUGUCGGCAAAGAAGGAUCUAUACUACAUGACAGUGGCGUGCAUUUGUGUUAUAAGAAAAGAAAAUGUUAUCAACAAUAAGAAAAAAAUUACGCUGGGUUAAAGAAUGGCUACAAAAGCGCAAUGAAUAUUCUCAUGUUAAUCUGUUCGAAGAGUUGCGGCUUGAACCUGCUGAUUGGCAUAACUACUUAAGGAUGGAUGUAGAAACGUAUGGUGAGCUAUUGAAGUUGGUUACUCCUCUUCAAAAACAAGACACUUUGAUGAGACCUGCCAUAUUCGUAGACGAAAAAUUAACUUCUACUUUUCGUUUCUUGGCAACUGGCCGAGGUUAUGAAGACCUUAAUUUCACUACAAUAAUUUCACCACAGGCACUAGGGCGCAUAAUUCCUGAAACCUGUGUUGCUAUAUAUUCUGUAUUAAAAAACGAGUUUAUGAAGUUUCCGGCAACUACUGCUGAGUGGAAAGUAAUUAGUAAAGGAUUUGAGAAGAUAUGUAAUUUUCCUAACUGUCUGGGAGCUGCUGGCGGCAAACACGUAAGGAUAACAGCUCCCCCCGCAAGUGGUUCGUACUUUUGGAAUUAUAAAAGCUACAACAGCCUAGUUUUAAUGGCAGUAGCUAAUGCAAACUAUGAAUUUAUAUUAUGUGAUUUUGGUACCAAUCUUCGCAUUUCUGACGGUGGCGUUAUUGAAGAUAUACUCUUCUACACAAAACUCAAGGAAGGAAAACUAUCGAUACCAUUGCCUGAACAACCUGUGGGAAGUCUUCUUCUUCCUUUUGUUUUUAUUGGCGACGAAGCUUUUGCGUUACGUUCAGACUUCCUUAAACCUUUAAACCAGCGAGAAUUAAAUCACGACAAAAAAAAAUUUCAAUUAUAGAUCUUCUCGGACACGACGCAUUAUAGAGAACACUUUUGGAAUAAUGACUGCCCGAUUUCGUAUAUUUCAUACAGAAAUUUCAGUACGAUUAGAACGUAUUGACACGAUUGUUAUGGUUUGCUGUGUUUUACACAAUUGCUUACGAAGUAAAUGCUCAGAAAGGUAUGUUCCAACUGAGUGUCUGGAUACUUGCAAAUGGUGCUAUUCACUUUGUACUUCGAGCUGAUCAUCUGGCAGCAUUACAACGGGAACAUAAUAGACAUGGCAACCAGUGACCCUGUAGCUGUACGGAAAUUGUAUUUGAACUAUUUUAAUCAAGGAGGAACUGUUCCGUGGCAAGAGGUCAUGAGAAAGUCACUGACUACAGUUUCUAAUUAUAUUAAGGACCGGAUUCACCAACAAAAGUUAAAGUUGUAAUAUCACAGACGUGGACAAUAUACAUGCUCUUCGCCAGCAACAGAAGUUUGCGACCUUACCACUUUUUUGUGCUCUUUUCGCCAGCAUCCACGUAGUGUGUUAAUUUUUUUUGAUACCGCAUCUUUAGAUGCAUGUACAUCAACUGGUUUUAAUUUUUUGACAAUAAUUUCGUAGGCAUUAUUUUUUUUUGUUUCGGUCGCUGUAUUAUUUGUUUUUAACACGCCACAAACAUGGGCGUUCUCGAUAUAAUUCAAUGAAUUCUGUAAUAAAUUCUCGCUACAUAUUUCGUAAAUCAGCCAUAUUAAUCAAUGUAAAUUAUUUUCUUAAUUUAAAAAGUUUGACGUAUAACAAUAAUUAGUACGACCCUACUGAAACAAUACCGAGCGUGCAGCGACUUGUCCCCACCCACAGUCGGUUUUCCCCGCAGAGGUUUAAUUGCAUACGCUAAAAAUCAAGACAAUUCUGAUUUUAACAGACUUGAAUGCGCAUUCCGUAUUCUUCGCCACACACGAAGAGUUUUAACUGUUCCUCUGGCAUGUGCAUUCAAGUCUUGAGUCUUCAUUAAAUUCAAAAUAAUUUUGGUCUAAAGAUACUAUUAAGGAAUCUAAUAAAUCUUGUUUCACCAAUGGGUUAACCUGUUUCCGAGUUAGGAUGAAAUCUACUAAAUCUAUCACAUCCAUAGGUGGAAUACUGGGAAAUAAGUUUUGUAAAUCAAAAGACAAUAGUGUUGCGUUAAAAGUGAUUUUGAUAUCUUUAAUUUUAUUGAAUAAUUCAAAAGAAUUUUUUAUUGCAAAUUUUGGUUUGGAGCAUUAAAACGUUUACUAAUUUUGUUGAAAAUUUAACUGCUGGAGCUGUUACAUAAGACACGACUGGU